AUGCCCGCCGCGCGCGCGGGCGCGUGGGAAGCGGACACCCCGAGCCGUACAUCCCCAUCUACCAGCCGGGCAGUAGCUCGUACCAGCGCAACGUCCCGCCCCCGCCAGAGCUCGCAGAGAGAUCCAUGCCGCCGCCGGACCAGUGCGUACAGUGAUGCCGCGCGCGCUUUUGGCCAGUGUUUAGUAAAGUCUUUUUGCUCGCGUCUCUCAAUUCGUCGCCUUCACACCCGAUAUCAAUGCCCCCGCGCAUCGCGUUCAUUUUUGUCGCUGCAGGGGAACAGCUUGCUUCGCGGGCGAAGGACUGUAGGACCGGAAGCUCGCCGCGUCGCGAGGAGCUUCCUCGAUUCGAUUCGAAAGCAAUCCAUUUCACCACAGAUCGCCGGAGGGCGCAGGACUUCUUUUGUUGAGAGAUCCCGUCCGCGUUGGGCCCAGGGGCCGAUGCUACACACUGUCACGGAGAAGACUGGGAGGGCAGAGGGUUAA